UAAUUGUCAUUUUACUGUAAAUUAAUAUUUCAGCAUUUUACAGUCUAGGAGGUUUAGUAUUAACAUUUAUUUCAUUAAAACCAGUAUAUUUGGACAUUAUUUCACCUUUGAAUGAAACACGACCACGUCAGUCAAUAAUUCCAGUUGAAUUAUUUUUCAUUGAUAAAAAUGAAUAUUUCUUUUUGGUAUUCUUUAUUAUUUUUAUGACUGGCUUUGUAACUGGAUAUGCUACAAUAACUUCCUUGAAUAUACUUUUUUUGGGGGUACAACAUGGUUGUGCAUUAUUUAAAUACGUUGGAUAUAAAUUAGAACAUUUGAUCGAUGAAAAUGAAUUUCAUCAGGAGGAGAUACCAAUAUCUAAAAUUUAUGAGAAAAUACGUCAGAGGAUAAUUAUUAGUAUUAAACUACAUAAAAGAACUUUUGAGUAUAUGGACUUUAUGAAUUCGAUUUGUGCAUACUUUUUCCUCAUAGCAUUAAUGUUCGAAGUUUUAAUCAUUGGUAUGGACUUUUUUAAAUUGCAAUCCACAGCAGAUAUUUUUCAAUCUAAGAGAAAUCUCCUUUUGUUGAUUGUUUAUAUUCCUGGUUCUCUUUUGGUGAUUUAUUUAACCUGUAGAAUGGGACAAGAUGUUUUGGAUAGCAGCGAGAACGUGCUCGAAAAAGCACGUAUGGUACCGUGGUAUUUGUUACCGCCAAAAAUGCAAAAAGCAGCCAUAUUGAUAAUGAUAAGAAGCAAGAAACCAUGUUACUUAACUAUCGGAAAAAUAUUCGUCUCGUCUCAUCUAUUUUUCACUUCUAUAGUAAGAACGGCGAUGUCCUACGCAACCAUGGCUCAUUCAUUACGAUAAUUGAUCUUGAUCAAUGAAUUAUUACGAAUCUAAAAUAAAAACUAAUAAUUGCAUACUAAUUAAUUGCACUUUUACAAAAAAAAAAACAAGAAAAAAACAAAGUAAAAUAAUGACAACACUAAUCUAAUAAAAUCUUAAGAAGAUUAAUCACGAAAUAAUUUGUAAUUGCAUUUUAUGAAAAAUUAAAAAUCGAUAUAAAUAAUGUUGAUUUCAUAAAA